AUGCAUCGCGCUGCUGAUGCGGCCGCCGUGCACACCCAUGAGCGCGGCGCAGUGCACAGUUCUGUGCUGCGCUCCAGUUACUCUGAUUUCGACACUGACGACGAAGGUGAGGACGAUGAGGUCGAUACGUCCAUCAAACCACCUCCGGUGGAGGUGACAGCACUGUGCUGGUGCGCUGCCAGUGUCGGUGUGGCUCGUUUCCUGUAUGCGGAGUGUCGCAUCGAGGUCUUCCAGAUGCCCGUGUGUAUGGUGGCGGGCGAGACUGUGCGACGCCGACAGGGCCGACCCGCUAUUCCAGGGGCCACAGUCCACUCACAGAUCGGUGGCGCACAAUUCAGAUCGCAUCGCAUGCGCGCAAACGCCACCGGUAGCAACGGGGAGGUUCGUAUUGUUGCUCAUGAAGACAUACCACCGAGCUUGCUGUGGCUGGUACGCUAUCUGCAGGUGCAUCAGCCCCAGGUGCUGCUUCCGCAUACCGGUAGCGAGGGACUGGGCGACUUGAUCGCGCUCGUGGCAGAGCAGACACCAGUUGAGGUGAUCCGACUAAGCGCUGUGACGGCGUUUUGCGAACCUGAAGCGCUCCCUCGUCUGGCGACCAUGUACCCUGCCCAGGAGCAUGAGCUGGCCGCACGGUUUCAUACAGAGAGGACGGCAAUGAUGCGUUCCAUGGCGGCGCUGCUUCAGUUUGUUGCUGCCGUUCAGUCGAACGUAGCCGAUGUCGUUGAGCGCGAUGCGCUGCAUGCACUUUACCUCGACGACGCCUGUGCCGAGGCUCUGCAGAUCACCCGCACUGAGCACCACCCAAGCAGUGGACAGGGUCGUGGACGCGCAAAGGAAGGCCACUCGCUGCUAGGACUACUGAGCACGGCGCAAAGUUCUGUCGGGAGAGCGAUGCUACGACAGUGGAUCGCCUUGCCCUGCUGCGACGCGACGGAGAUCGAGACGCGUCAGUCCGUCGUUGCCUUCUUCGUUAACCCCCUGCAUCACGACAUCGCCACCAAACUGCGAGUCGCACUGCACAAGGUGCGCUCAACAACUCAUAUUUUCACGCUGAUGCGGUCGGGCCGAGCGCUGCCUAAGCAUUACGUGUCACUCUACCAAACCAUGCGAGGGGUUAUUACUGUGCAGGAUCUGCUCUCCACCGUCGCCCAUGCGGUGAGUCGACUUUAUGUGCUGCUGCAGAGCAUCAACGUGGAACCGCUGCGUGCUAUGGCGGAGUCCCUCGCUGCAGCAGUGGUCGGGGAUGCAGGACGUUCUCGCGGUAGCGGUGGAGGAGCCGCAGAUGCGAGGCGGGAUCGGCUGCCAUAUCUCUCUGCUGGGCCGGCGGCGGCAGCGGGUUCCACCUUUGACCCUGGUAUGCCGAACGCCGUGCGCAUCCGUGACGGGGUGGACACCGUACUUGACGAGCUGCGCGUUCGCUUUCGCGAGCUUCGGCUGUCUCUCCAGGCCAAAGCAGAGGCUGCCUUUGGAGAGCUUCCCUGGGCACUGCGUACAAGGAUUUCUCUGCGCUGUGUGUACACAGCUCCGCACGGGUAUUUGCUGUGCGUUCCAGUUGCGGAGCUUGCAGCACUGCUGUCAGUGAAAGACGCAGUUGAUGGGGACAACCUGUGCGGUGUGAGCAGUGACGACAAUGAAAGAGGACCAAACCCGUGGCGCAGCGACAAUCCAGAGAGCGAGGCCGUUGGCCUCCUCAGCGGCGAUGCUGCACUGCAUCCUUCUACGGUGACUGCUACCUCGCCUUCGCUGUCGCCUACCGAUCGAGUGCGUACCGUGAUGGCGAACUCCUUCGGCUGGCGGCUGCAUCACACAGCCCAGACUGGCGAGUACUGCUUCAAGUCUGCAGCGAUGGAUGAGCUGGACACCUGGGUAGGCGACCUUCAGCGGCGCGUGCAGCAGCGCGAGGAGCAGGUUCGACGCGAGCUGGACACGUCGCUCCUGUACAACUCUCUCCACCUGCUGCGGCCCACUCGCGCGUUGGGGGAGUUGGACUGCCUCUUGAGUUUUGCUCGUGUGUCAACGCAGGAGGGAUGGUCUCGACCAGAGAUUGUGGCGCCGGGCACUGAAUGCGCCGCGCCAAGUGAGGGGGCAGUGGAGGAGUCCGACGAGGGCAUUCUUGAGAUCGAAGAUGGAUGGCACCCGCUCCUCUCGCGACAUGUAGGCAUGCAGCAGCUGGUUCCAUUUUCGAUCCACCUCCGCACCUCGACGGACCGUGUUUGUUUGGUGCUUGGCGUUAACGGCAGUGGCAAGUCGGUGCUCAUGGGGGCCGUGGCGCAGAUUGUGUUUCUCGCUCAUUUGGGGUGCCACGUGCCAGCGGCCACAGCACGAUUGAGCCUCGUUAACAGCAUUUUCGCCCCAUCGUCGUCAGUUUUUGCAUCUUCCUCUUCCUCAACGCCGCAUUCGGCGUGGUCGACUGCCGACGCAGCCGUAGCGGCGCCAGGCAGCUUCUACAGCGAGUGCGUGGUGCUUCAUCGCGUGUUGCACUUUGUCGCUGGCCAGCAGAGAGCACGCCAGGCAUUCCAUGGCAACGCACUCGAGGGCAGCCACACCGCGGGGCGGGCACUCGUGCUGCUCGACGAAUUCGGACGCGGUACCUCCCCGGAGGAUGGCUGUGCCCUACUGAAGGCAACCCUAUUGUACUUCGCAGACGGAGGUGACAGCUCCUGUGGUAUUAGUCGCCACAGCAGCCCUGGUGCACCACUCGUCCUCUGCGCUACUCAUCUUCUCGAGAUGUUGGACGUACCGGAGCAACUUUCCUCGCCUGGGCUUCUCACCCUCAGCAACGCAUGUGACUGCGGAGCAGCGGCGGUGGCUCCCAGUGGCCAUGGCACAGGAGCAGAACGCACACAUGUCACUGCCGCAGGUGCGCCUAUCCCCAGUGAACCUUCAGCGCAAGGGAAUCGACGCGAGCCCGCCGCUCCCCCUCACACGGCGGAUACCCCGCUUCCCCUGGAGUGGGUGAAGAUUUACGAGAUGGAGACACACACCACCUAUGCCGCCGAUCAGGAUGUCCUGACUGGCACCGAGAGCCUACGUGCCGGCAAUGCUCGAUUGCCACUGGAUGUAGCCCCGACAUACCAGCCUGUAUGUCUUACGCCUCACCCCGGACCGCGUCGGCAGCAGGACUGGGAGCAACGUUGCAGUACCCACCUAGGUGCUGGACUUGCCAUUGGACGUCAGUGUGGCCUCGAUGAGGAGCUGCUGGGUUACUGGGAGGCAGCGCUGGGAGUGCUGCAUCGCUCACCAUGA